AGAAGCCACCGGAGGACGAUGACGAUCCAUUACGACGUACCAGACGACCAUUCGGCUGUCUCAUCAACGAUAUUAAACGUCGCUACCCCUUCUAUUUGUCUGAUUUCACGGACGGUCUGAACUCGUCCUGCCUUGCAGCAGCCAUCUUUAUGUACUUCGCUGCGCUAUGCACCGUCAUCACCUUCGGCGGCCAUCACCAUCUACUGGAGGCGCUUACGCCCAUUGUUCAAGUGAUGGGAGAGGGCAAUAAGCGCGUGGUUACGCUAUCGCAUCGUGCUCAAGUACGUAGAUUCACCUCGGAUUUACUACGAGUGCUGAAGUCGAAAACGAGCAAACAAGUGAUGCUUUCGGAGUUCCCGAGCGUUUACGCUUGAGUGAUAGGUACAACAUGCAACUCGCGUAACGUUGAUAUAUUCGCGUUUAUUUUUCAAAGGUGAUCGGUCAAAUCUAUUUCUUCUUUCUCAGCAAAACCCUGGGAUAUCGUGGACUACGGUGUAUGCAAUAUUGAAGAUGUUGGUGAGGUGUCCGAGAACACGAUUGUCGUGACUCCUAUAGAAGGCGGCGAUAAGAUGAUAGCCAUCCCCAAACGCGAACAGACUGUUGAAGAGAUCGAGCGAACGAAACUGUUCGCCAAAAAUGUGCGCGGUUGAAAGGAUAUGUUUUAAUUGCGUUUUAAUUUCGUACAUCUCGAAACUGUACUUGUAAUUUAACUGGUGGUCGAGUUACUGCAACACGCGCCGCGAUGUAAGACGCUUGCACGAGAAUUUGCAUAUUGUAAAAGAAAGAACAAUUUCUGUUGUCACCUAUUUUUAUUUGCAUCUCGUAAAAGUGAUGUACGAAAUUGAAACGCAUGCGACUGUGAAAAAUUCGUAGACAUUUGCCUGGUUAUAAAACUUUUAAUACGAAAGAAAAUACAUGUAGUAUCACAGAUUAUUAGAAAAUUUGCAAAAUCACAGUGAUUUUACUUGUUAAUAAUAAUGGGGAAACUGUGUCUUCUAUGCAUGUUCCAUGUUUCUCAGAUUCUUUAUUUGUAUCUAUCACCAUUUGUAUAUUACUGAAUGUUCGAAAAAAAUUCAAUAAAGUUUGAUUACAUCUCUUACACUUUUUCUAUAGGAUAGAAAUGAUAAAAAUGUUAAAAUAGAUUUAAUAGCUUAUUAUUCAAAAUGUUCAACUUACUGUCUGUGUUUUGUAGUAGGUUUCAAAAAUUCCAUUUGUAAUAUUUCCAGUUUAUUGCUUUCUUUGUGGCUGCACGCUUCCACUUACAGUAUAAUUUUUCUCAUCUUUGUACUUUCUCAAGAACGUAUCUCGUAAGUUUUUCCACUUUUUCUGACAAACUGUUGGAUCUGCAUCUUUUUUUGAAGGGAGAAAUGAUGUACAUAUUUAUUAUAUAUAUAUAAAGUAAUAUAUAUUUAUUUAUACGUUAUACUUAUGAAGUUAUAAUUAAUAAAAUGCAGAGAAAUAUAAGUACACAUACUGAGGGUUCGACCUAUCGUGUUCCCAAGAUUUUCGUAUCAUAUUCAUUCCUCUCUAUUGUAUGUUUAAUCUUUCUCACCACGGUACGUACUUUUUAGGUUUGUUUGUGUUGCUUGCUGAAGCACUCGGGUGAUGUUUCCGAAAUGUUUUCCGAACGCACCUAGUUCAGUAUAAUCGCUCGCGACAAAAUUGAGCGUGACAAAAUGUUCAAUCUUGACCAACUUUUGUUACGACGUCGCGUCUCUCAUUGCGACGGAAGUGACGUUGAGGAAUGCGGUACGUUCAUGGAAAUCGCGCGUCGCGCAUAAUGUUAUCGCGCUGGUCAAUAAUAGCUACAAUUACUCACUGAACACUUAAACAGCAAUAGAACAUGAUUGAUUCUUGUUUUAUUAUUUAAUCGAUCAUUUUUAGUUACUUAUGUGAUUAUAAUAUUAGAUAAACCUUAUGAAAAGAUUUCAUCGCGUUGGUGUGAAUAGA